AGCAGCAGCUUUCCCUGCUGCUCCCAGCUGUUUGCUGCUGCCUUUCACCAUGGCCACAGCUUGCCAGAUCCAGCAGCUGCCCUGCAGGGAGGAGGCCUGGCAGCACCAUGUGACUGAGCCGGUCCAGCAAACCCUGGCAAAAAUCUGGGAGGCCUAUGCAUUGCCUCUGGCUUCUGCCAGCAGAGCGAGGGGUCUUGGGGCUUCAGCCCCACUGGGUGUGUCUGCCAGGUCUUGGGGCUUCAGCAGAAGCAGUGCUGAAGCCCCGAGUCCUGGCAGUUACACCCCAAAUCUUCGUAUUCUGCUCAGAGGGUCUCCCCCUGGCAUAUGAUGAUCUACUUGACAGGUACCAAAUGGCCUGUUUCUACAACUGACCCUACAGCCUGUCUUUGUGGCCCUUCUGCUCUUGUGUUUACUCCAACUGAGAGAUACAUGUGUGACUAAAAUGUUUUCGAGGUAGUUUCACUUAAUGAGGUUAUGGGAGAGAAGGAGCCAUGUCAGAAGAAGCUGUUAGUGAGACACACAUUUCUUUGAGGACAGCAGCUUUACGAGUAUUUGAUUUUCCCCUUUCCUGGUAUUAUUCUGUCAUCCAGGUAAAACUUUCCCCUGGGUUGAAGAAGCUGUUUGUAGUAACAGCAGUAAGUGCAGUUUCUGUAAUUUUCCUGGCACAUCAUUUUAAAAGAAAACGUGGAAAGACAAACACAGAAGUGUUACCAUGGGAGCCAGGCCAUCUUGUAUUAGAAUGUACUAAAACAGCUGCAUCAGAAAAAGGUUCCAGUUGUUCCAGUAGCAGACAAAACUUGACUCUUUCCUUGAGUUCAGCCAAAGAAAAAGGAUCUCAGUCUUGUGUUUAUGCAAAUGGAGGACUUUUCAGUAAAUAUUCUGGUUCAGUACAAAGUUUGGCCUCGGUCCAAAGUGUCACCUCCUCUCACAGUUGUGCUUGUGCCAAUUCCAGUUCCUGGGACAAAGCAGAUGAAGAUAUUAAACUUGUAAAUAUUCCAGUGACCACACCUGAAAACUUAUACUUGAUGGGUAUGGAGCUUUUUGAAGAGGCACUACGUCGAUGGGAGCAGGCACUGACUUUCCGUAGCAGACAGGCUGAAGAUGAAGCAAAUUGUAGUUCCAUCAAACUAGGAGCAGGAGAUGCCAUUGCAGAAGAGAGUGUAGAAGAUAUCAUUAGUGCUGAAUUCAUUCAUAAGCUUGAAUCCCUGCUUCAAAGAGCUUAUCGUCUUCAGGAGGAGUUUGAGGCAACCCUUGGGGCAUCUGAUCCUUCUUCCCUAGCUAAUGAUAUUGAUAAAGAUACCGAUAUAACGGUGAAGGAUUCCACAGAAGAUUUCUGUCUGCGAGAUACACUGAGCAUUGCAUCAACAGACUCCUUUGUUUCAGCAGCUGAACUUACUGAACACAGAGAGAUCCGAAAUACCUAUGUUCUAGAAUCUCUUUGCCAUUGUCCGUUAUAUGAAGAAGCUAUGCACUUAGCAGAAGAGGGCAAAAUUUAUUCCAGAAUAUUAAGGACUGAAAUGUUGGAGUGUUUGGGGGACAGUGACUUUCUUGCUAAGCUUCACUGUAUUCGACAGGCUUUUCAGGUCUGUAUUGCCUGGAAAUUUUUCCAGGUAAUUCUUUCAGAGACAGCUAACAGAGUAUUUCUUGCUGAGAGUGGAAGAAAAAUUUUGUCUGCUUUAAUUGUGAGAGCUCGUAAGAAUCCAAAGAAAUUUGAAGAGGUCUUUGAUGAAAUGAUACAUUUUUUAGAGCAAACAGACCACUGGGAUAAUACUGAAAUGGAACUUGCUGCCAGCGGGGUGAAAAAUCUAAAUUUUUACGACAUUGUUCUGGACUUUAUAUUAAUGGAUUCCUUUGAAGACUUAGAGAAUCCACCCACAUCUAUACAGAAUGUAGUAAACAACCGCUGGUUAAAUUCCUCUUUUAAGGAAACUGCUGUGGCUUCAAGCUGCUGGUCAGUACUGAAGCAAAAAAGGCAGCAAAUGAAGGUACCUGAUGGGUUUUUUGCACACUUCUAUGCCAUUUGUGAGCAUGUCAGUCCUGUUUUGGCAUGGGGCUUUUUGGGACCUAGAAACUCUCUUUAUGAAUUAUGCUGCUGCUUUAAGGAUCAAGUUCUUUACUUCCUCAAAGACAUUUUUGACUUUGAAAAGGUGCGAUAUUCAACUAUGGAAAAUUUAGCUGAAGAUCUUAUGCAAUUGCUAAUGCGUCGCACUGAACUUUUAAUGGCCUACCUUGGAGCCGAUUCACUAAGACAUGUCAGUGAUUGCAUAAAUGGUCAUGGACACAUCAUGGCCAAUGGGCUUUUGGAAGAAAAACUACAAUAAGCUUAAAAAAAACUAAAUUGAGUGCACCUUGCCUUUUUUCCCCCUCCAGUGCUAUCAUUGCUAUUUUUGAGCAAACAUCUGAAAAUGUAACUGUGUUGCUAAAUAUGGAAUGGACUCAGGGAGAGUAAAAAAAAAAAAAAAAAAAUUUAGGAAAAGAACUGGUGAGCAUAUUACAGUAUAUAUACCUAAAUUAAAAAUCACAACUCAGCUGUCUCUGUAUUUAUAUAUAAUGUACCCCAAAGUUUUUUUUCUGCAAUAUUUGGGUAAAGUUUAUUUAUAAAAUAUUGUACAUUUGCCACAGAUAUUAUGUGAUAUGUGGUAUAUGGAGUUAUUAGAUAUUUGUCUUUAAGUGUUAUUAUAUGAAAUGUUCAGUACAAACUCUGCAAUGUGCUUUAUGUCUAGGAAGUGUUUCAGCCAAGAUAUACACAUCUUUCAACUUAUUAUGUGAUACACCCUCAAAAAAAAAAAGAAAAAAAAACGUUUACAAAAUAUUUAACUACGCCCUAAAAUUGUGUUUGUGUAUGUAAGCAGUCAUUUUGUAUUGAAACAUAAUAGAGUAAAUGAAGUCACCAUUUGGGCAGGUGAAAAUAACAUGAAAAACUCAAUGCUAAUUGAUGUUGGCUUAAAAUAUGUAAAUACAUCAUCACUAAGGUUGACAUUUGAAAUCACUAGUGUGAGAUCACUAUUUGGUAUAUUCUAAAAGUAAUGACAGUUUUUUCAGGUUAAUUAAUUGGUUUAAAACUCAUUUUUCUAGGUUUUUAAAACAAUGCAGUUAUGAAUAAACUAGUAUCAUUCUUGGUUCAAAUGUAACAUUUUAACUAUAUUUUAAAAUAAGGCUGUAUGAUAAAA